AUGGUCGCCGUGAGCGACGCGCGCGGUGGAGCGGACUCGCUCGUCCUGGACAACAUCGUCCAUCACGCGUCGCCCGAGCUCAUGAACGUGAUGAGGGCCAAGUACGACCCCACGCGGUCCAACUACCUGCGCCACGCGGAUGAGCUGGCGCAGUUCGCGCAGUUGAUCGAGCACGGUAGUGGCGCGGAAGCAGCAACCCCCACGCCGGCAAAGCAUUACGACUACGGCGGAGGGAGCAACAGAUCGCAAUCCACGCCGAGCAAAAAUCCCGCGCGCUUGGGGAAGUGGAGCCGUGGCAAGAAGACGAGCGAGUUCGUGCUCGCGAUAGGCGACGCCGACAAGAGCGAUCAAAGAGGCUGUAUCCUCGGCAGUGGUGCUAGCCGCCACCUUGUGAGUGACGAGCAACAGCUGGUCGAUUCGAGAGAGUGCAACAAAGGGAUUGCCAUGGCGGACGGCGUGCCGCUCCAGCUGACGAGAUGUAGCAGCGUGCGACUGAACGUCAUCGAGAACGGCGCAGCGGCGACCGUGACGCAUACCAACGUCUACCUGGCGCCGAGACUGGCAAAGAAUAUCGUAUCCUACGGGAAACUCUAG